ACCAUAAAUAUAUAUGAGGUGAUUUCAAAGUUGGGAAUUGAUUUGCAAAAUAAUUUUGAUGAAACUAUGGACAAUUGCAUUUCUACCAUCAAAGAAAUUGGAAAUAUCAUUGCAUUGCCAGUUUUCAGUUUAUCAAAAACUAACGACAUAAAUACAUCAAAUAAUGUUUGCSAAACUAUUGUAAAUCCGCAGACACAGUCCAUGCAUCCUAAGUUAAAAUGUCCAGUUCAGUUUCUAGAGGAAAACGACGAAGUAAAUACCAGUGGUUAUUUCAAUAUGGACACUGGAAAUGUAGACAGUGAACCAUUAAAUUACGUAGAAUGUUCUUGCUGUCGUCAAUCAGCUAAACAAUUAGUUAAAUGCGUUAAUUGUAAAAGAAGCUAUCAUAAUCAUUGCCAUAUACCUUUGAUUCCCGAGAAUAUUCUUCUUAAAUGUGGUUCGUUCCCAUUUUGGAGAUGUACAAUGUGUGAAUAUCCUAAAAUGUUUUCCAAGGUUCUGAAAGAUCUGAAAUCUUCCACAUAUAGUACAUCAAUUGGUGAACCAGGACGUAAAAUUAUUGAGCGAAUACUAAUGGAAUUAUUCUGUCAAAAUGUUGAUAGUGUUCAUUUUAGAGACUGUCCCAAUAAGAUUAUCUAUCCAUCGUUUUACGAAAAAAUUUGUGAUCCAACGUCAUUGAAUAUUAUUAAGAACCGUUUAGAAUCGAAUAAAUAUUAUACAACACUCUUUCAAGUUAUUAAUGAUUUAAAACAAAUAUUUUUGAAUGUAUUGAUGUUUUAUCAUCCAAGUGAUGGAUAUUAUGUUUCAGCUAGUAGGCUUCUAGCUUAUUUAAAUUCAAUGAUUGACUGUUGGGUACCAGAAGUUAAUACCAAAAGAAAAUGAUAACUCAUACACAAUUUAAUGAAUUUUAAUCAAAAACGUAUAUGAUCAUGAACAAAAUCCGGUUUUAUUGGUAUUUUAAUUUUAAGUUUUGACUACCCAUCACAUAAAAACAACUUGUCUCACAGAUAUUU